CUUUUGUAUUUACUAGACAAUUGAACACCAUGGCCCCCGUUAAAGAGUUUUCCCUCCUCUGCCUGGAGAACCCUCUCCUCGACAUCCAGGCUGUCGGUGACCAAGCCCUGCUCGACAAGUACGGUCUCAAGGCCAACGAUGCCAUCCUCGCCGAGGAGAAGCACAUCCCUCUCUACGAGGACCUCCUCAACAACUACGAUGCCAAGCUCAUCGCCGGUGGUGCUGCUCAGAACAGCGCCCGAGGUGCUCAGUACAUCCUCCCUCCCAACAGCGUCGUCUACAUCGGCGGUGCCGGCGACGACAAGUACUCUGCCAUCCUCCACGACGCCGUCAAGGCCGCUGGCCUCCGCGUCGAGUACCGUGUCGACCCCAAGGAGAAGACUGGCCGCUGCGGUGCCAUCAUCACUGGCCACAACCGAAGCCUGUGCACCGACCUCGGUGCUGCCAACCACUACGACCUGGACCACCUGAAGCAGCCUGAGAUCUGGAAGCUCGUCGAGAACGCCGAGGUGUACUACGUCGGUGGAUUCCACUUCACUGUCUGCCCCCCCGCCAUCAUGGAGCUUGCCAAGCAGGCUGCUGAGCACAACAAGAUCUUUGUCCUCUCCCUCUCCGCCCCCUUUAUCCCCCAGUUCUUCAAGGAGGUUGUUGAUGCCAGCGCCCCCUACUGGGACUACAUCAUCGGUAACGAGACCGAGGCCGCUGCUUACGCCGAGUCCCACGGCCUGCCCAGCAAGGAGCCCAAGGACGUUGUCAAGCACCUUGCCAACCUCCCCAAGGAGAACACCAAGCGAAAGCGAGUUGCCAUUGUCACUCAGGGCACUGACCCUACCCUUGUUGCCAUCCAAGGUGAGGAGGGUAUCAAGGAGUUCCCCGUCCACGCCAUCGAGACCGAGAAGAUCAACGACACCAACGGUGCCGGUGACGCCUUUGCCGGUGGUCUCCUUGCCGGUAUCCUCGAGGGCAAACCCCUUGAGACCAGCAUCGACCUCGGCCAGUGGCUCGCUCGUCUCAGCAUCCAGGAGCUUGGACCUUCAUACCCCUUCCCCAAGCAGACCUACCAGGGUGCUUAAACCCAUAAACAACUCAUCUUGCGUAUCCUUGAUCAAGGGACUGAAUGUGGUUUGGCGUUGAUAGGGAAAAGGGAAACGGUUUCAACAACGGCGUUUGCAUCCAAAUGGGAGAGAGAAUACCCUGAUUAUGGGGGGGAGCUCCCAAGCGCACAGCGGCACGGUAUCCUCCACGAUAUCGAGUAUUUGGCAAGCAUAUUUUUCUGAGUGAAUAUAAAAAAUGAGUGACUUCUUGCCUGAG